UAUGACAACACCUUUAGUAACUUCCACGGAGACAGAUGAUUAUAAAACGACCCUUUUAUCUUUUCCAGCAAUCGCCAUUUGCUCCGUUAACAGGAUAAGUCGGCAAUCCGCAACGGAACUGGCGACCAAUAUUUCUAAAACAAAUAUCACAAAUCAGACAGUUGAUGAAAUUCUCAUCUUAAUAAUGCGGCUGGGCAAUCUCUACAUUUAUAAUUUUGACACGCUUGGUUUGACGGAUAAUAAUCAUGAUGUGGAAUUAGAUAAACUUUUAACAACUUAUUAUAACGGGACUUAUGAUGUCACUGAAAUAAUGAAAACUCUGACUCCGCAAUGUUCGAUGAUGCUAUUGAAAUGUAAGCUGCAUGGAAAGUACACAAAUUGUUCGACACUUUUUAACUUUCGCAAGACGCCGGACGGAUAUUGUUGCACCUUCAAUUACGUGCGUGAAAGCGACGACAUUCCCGAACAGAACGAUGUGACUGAGCUAAGUAAGCCGGAGCAAGUAUGGGAUCUCGGAAUAGAACGCGGUCUAACAGUUGUUAUGGAUCCACUUUUAGAUGACUAUUUCUAUUCAAUAUUGCCCAUUAAGGGUUGGAAGGUAGUUGUGUUUAAUCCUACUGAUUAUCCAGAUAUGACCAGUGGUGGUGUCACGGAGGUACUUGCAGUACCUCUUUCUGAAACCUUUCUGAACGUAGUUGGAACGCUCUUUAUCAGUAAUCCAGGAAUCGAGAAUUUCCCCAGGAAUAAACGUAACUGCAUUUUCUCAGAUGAGGGAAAGUUAUUGUCUAGUAUUACGAUGUAUACUUACAGUGAUUGUAUUGUCAAUUGUAAGAUUAAUUUCAUACAGAAGUCCUGUGGAUGCAGACCAUUCUUUUACCCACGUCACGGCAUAAAAGAUUAUUCAUGGCGUAUUUGUAAUAGUUUGGACUUUGAAUGCCUAGCUAAGCAUAAAUCCGAUUGGUUAACGAUUCUCCCUCACGAGGAAGAACACACUAAUUUUGAAAAAGAAGAAAAGGCUUUACAUUGUUACAAUUGUUAUGCUGCCUGUGAAGAUAUUAGUUACGAUGUAUUAAGUUGGACGACUGAUAUGACUCCUGGUGAAUUUAAUACUAACUUAUUACAAAAUUACAAUGUUACUGAUGAAGGAAUAGUACAUAUAUACUUUUCAAAGUAUGGCACAAUCAGAUUAAAACAAGACAUGUCUUUUUACUGGUAUGAUCUCGUAAGUGAUAUCGGCGGUAUAUGUGGCGUCUUCAUUGGCUUUAGUUUCAUCACUAUAGUGGAGCUUCUGUAUUUCUUUGUGCUCAUGUUUAGAGAUUUGUUCUGUAAAAAAUCGGCCUUACAGAAAGAUGACGAUCGCAAGACUAAAAUCCCAUCAGAUCAAACUCAAACCACAGGGACAAUAUAUUGGAACGAACUGCAACCACGAUCCUGGCAUUCGGCGAAAUACGGCAAAUUCUCUGCUAACAGAGUCAGAUAUUGA